CAGCCACACAGGAAACACUUUUUUUCACUGCUGCUGCUGCCACUCCAGACUGAAUGCAAGCGGAGGGGGGAAGGAGAGAGAGGAGAGAGAGGGAAGGAGAGAGCGUACAGGCCUUGCCAAAUAAAGCCAUGGGGGCCUGGGCAUUGACGGCCCUUUCUACACUAUAAAUACGCUGUUCUUCUGCAGAUUCGGGUUUGGUGCCUGGAGCUCUGGAUCAGCAACUGCACCAGCCCGGCUCAGGAGAUUCACAUCCGCUCUCAGGACCGUCACUAUGCCCCGGGUGGAUGCUGACCUCAAACUGGACUUCAAAGAUGUCCUUUUCAGACCAAAGAGGAGCAGUCUGAAGAGCAGGUCUGAGGUUGACCUGCAGAGGACCUUCACAUUCCGGAACUCAAAGCAGACGUACAAUGGCAUCCCGAUCAUCGCUGCUAACAUGGACACCACCGGCACUUUUGAGAUGGCACAGGUGCUCAGCAAGCACACUCUCUUCACAGCCAUCCAGAAGCACUACUCCCUGGAGGAGUGGAAGACUUUUGCAGCCAGUCAUCCAGAAUGCCUUGAGCAUGUGGCGGCCAGUUCGGGCAGUGGAGCGGCGGAUCUGGAGAAACUGUGCAGCAUCCUGGAGGCCAUUCCGCUCAUCCAGUACAUUUGCCUGGACGUGGCCAAUGGCUACUCUGAACACUUUGUGGAGUUUGUAAAAAGAGUUCGGGAAAGGUUCCCAAAGCACACCAUCAUGGCGGGAAAUGUGGUGACAGGGGAGAUGGUGGAGGAACUAAUUCUGUCUGGAGCUGAUAUUAUUAAAGUGGGCAUUGGACCAGGUUCUGUGUGCACCACACGCAUUAAGACCGGUGUGGGCUAUCCUCAGCUGAGCGCUGUUAUCGAGUGUGCCGACUCGGCCCAUGGACUGAAAGGACACAUCAUCUCUGACGGAGGCUGCAGUUGCCCCGGGGAUGUUGCUAAAGCUUUUGGUGCUGGGGCAGAUUUUGUCAUGCUGGGAGGAAUGUUAGCGGGGCACGAUCAGUGUGCUGGUGAAAUCAUUGAAAAAGAAGGCAAGAAGUUCAAGCUGUUUUACGGGAUGAGUUCAGACACCGCCAUGAAGAAGUAUGUCGGAGGGAUAGCAGAGUACAGGGCAUCAGAGGGCAGGACGAUCCAGGUGCCCUACAAAGGUGACGUGGAAAACACCAUCAGGGACAUCUUGGGCGGCCUGCGGUCCACCUGCACAUAUGUAGGAGCUGCCAAACUCAAAGAACUGAGCCGCAGGACGACCUUCAUCAGAGUCACACAGCAGUCUAGCCAAAUGUUCACCUAGUCAUGCACGCUCACAAAUACAGAUUCACCAGUUAAGGAAUAGUUGAACUGAAAAUAAUUCUGUGAAUUUGGACGCACUGUCCCUUUAAAUGGCAGUCCAGAGAUAUAUACGAAAAGGAAAGACAUGUUCAUAAACAUAUUUCCAGUUUUGUGUGCUCUUUGGAUUCAUGAAUCUACAGUAUCUGAUUCAUUAUGUAACUCACUCAAAACACUAUUACACUCAUACAGACAGACCCAUGGAUACUGUUUCACUCAGGAACCUUGCUGUACACCAGUGCAUUUCCUUGGAAAACCAAUUAUCUUGCAGCAUGGCUCAGUUUUGUUCAUUUCAAGUUCUCUAUAGUAUGUAAUGUGUCUGCAUCUGUAUGAGCCAGAGGGUGAAUUAGAAAACAGGACAAUACUGGGGCAAAUGUAGUCAUUCUUUGUAACUAUGCAACCCAUUCUCUCCCUAGAGUGUAACAAUCAGCGUGACUGUUUCAGAGUUUGAGAGAAAGAAAUGCAUGUUAGUGGAGAAUUUAAACACCAGCAGAGAAAAUUCUCUGCCACAUUAAGAUCUAGUCCCUGCGUGUCGUAACUCUGAGUUGAUUUGAGCGGCGAGUGGUGCAUUGUGUACUGUUGUGAACUAUUUCUGCUGGCCUGCUUCCUUUGUGAUUGUACAGAGGGUGUGGUGGGAUGUCAUAUCAGACCAUAGGAAUGUGAAAACGGCUGCACCUCAUUUCUUCAACAUGCCUUGUGCAGUUUAGAUGAGGUAGAAAAUAUGUUAUUAAAUAUAUUACGAAUAAAACAUCACACAUUAAGGAAUAAACAUCUCACUGAAAAUGUGGUUA